CGCAGGGAUGGGGUAAAGGAGGAGUACGAGAGCCAGUGAUACACGCAAACAGCGACAGGUGUAUUCGGCGCUCAGGUACCGUAGGUAUACUGUCAAAUUGCAAACAUGGCGUCUCCGUGAAAGCAGGACAGCGACGGUGCAUGAAGUUCACGAAUCCUGCGCUACUUAUCCAAACUUGGCAACGGAGAAAAACAAAACCCAACAGACACGGAUUUAAUACGGCGUGCGCUGGCAUACGGAUUCCUAAUUUAUCGGUUUCGUGAAAUUCUGCAAACGCGUCAAACUCCUUAAACCUGUACCGGAAUUCUGUGCUACCUUUGAACACUUUCGAGUAUCGCUUUAUACAGAAUCACGCGUUUCUCGUUUUCUAAUUCUGGAGGAAAAACUAGCUAUAAUACGGUAAGAAGAGUGGAUGAAGAAGGUGUAUAGCAAUGUUUUAACAGUUAAUUGGAGUCAUAAUUCGGAAUAGCCUAGCACUGGCCGGAUCAUUGCCUGUUUUGGGACCUGGAGUGGCUUUCAUCUGGAUUCGUGGUGUGACGGACAAGACUAGUUAUUAGCGCUGACUGUUUAACCAGCGUAUAAAACCGUCCAGACCCCUGAACAACCGUCCUUCCGUGUCUGGCUGAGUAGCACACAGUCGCCUUAUAGUGCCCCACAGGAGGCUGCACUGGAUUUUACAGCUUGACCGAAUCGGACCAAAUCGGACCGCAUGGACCAGAUUAUGAGCUCACAUCCGAGCAGGCUUCCAGCGUGGCUGUGUCUUCUGGGGGCAUUUGUUGUGGGUGUGAGGGCGGAGUUUGUGGAGCCAGAGCCUUCUCUCUCCCUGCGCUCCAUAGCUGAAGAACCCACUCGGCUGCCCUGCCGCUUCCAGGUGCGGCAGGAACAGGUUGUCCAGGUGAGCUGGAGCAGAGAGCGGCCAGAUGGAAGCAAGGAGCAGGUCAUCACUGCCCAUCACACUGACGGCCACACAGAGUUUGAGCGGUUCUCAGGGCGGGUGUAUUUCGAGAGUGCUGACGCCAUGGCAAAUUCUGCGCUGAUUAUCCGCAGCACUGAGGUAUCGGACGAGGGGACCUACACUUGUCACGUCUCCACCUUCCCCUCCGGCAACUUUGAGAGACAGCUGUCACUCACUGUGUGGACCACGCCCAUCUCCUCCCUGGAGCCAGUGGAGCUGGUGGAGGGGCAGUCCUUCCGCGUGGCGGCCACGUGCCGCUCAGUGGCCCGGCCGCCUCCUCGCCUCUCCUGGGACACCGAACUGACGGGCCAGUCCCACAACCGCAGCUCUGAGGUGGGGGCCGUCUCCACCUACUACUCCCUGCACCCACUGCGCAGCAUGAAUGGGAAGCAGCUGGACUGCCUCGUGUGGCACCCGUCCCUGGACAAGCCUCGCAGGAUCAGCAGCCAACUCGUAGUUCACUAUGCUCCAGACCCAACCAUCAGAGGUUAUAAUGGGAACUGGUUUUUGGGGUUGGAGAGAGUGUCACUCAGGUGUGACAGUGGAGGAAACCCCAAACCACAGAACUUCAGCUGGUCCAGGAAGGACGGGCCUUUGCCUCGGGAUGUGACUGUGCGGAACGACACGCUGCUGUUCAGCCGACCUCUUAGACUAGCAGACUCUGGCGUGUAUGAAUGUGUGGCCCAGAACAGCGUGAGUGCCAGUAAAGCUGAGCUGGACAUCACUAUCACAGAGAACCCUCGACAGGACACACCAUUCAGCAGCCUGUUGAUAAUCAUUGUAGGCGUCGUUGCUGGGGUGUUGGUACUUACCUUGGUGAUCUCAGUCCUGAUGAUAAACCGCUACCACAAAAGCAGGAACAAAAAGUUGGAGAGGGAGCUGUGUGAAAAGAAAGAGGAAAUAAGCACUCUUUCCAGACAGGCUUCAUUCAGGAGAGUAAACUCAGUCAGCGCAGACCACCGCAUGCAGAUGGAAGAGACUACUCCUCUCAGAGUUGAGGCCACUUUGCGGACCAGCCUGUCAUCUCUUGGGGACCAGCCUCGUUGUAGAGACAGUCACUCCACUCUGUCCGGGGGGCGGGGGGGCGGUGGGGGGGCAGUAGACUUCCCGGGGCGCCCUGCUUUGUACAACAGCUCCCGACGUGGGGAGCGAGCGAGGGAGCGAGAGAUGGAGGGAGAGAAAGCUGAGAGCAGACAGAGGGUAGAGUCGUAUGUUAUGAACAGCAGUUUGUCUCUGGACCGGCCUCUCCAUGCCCCCCUCCACCCUUCUGUCCCCAUGGGGGCCAGGAACCACCUCCCGUCCUACAGUCCCACUCACCCCCCCCUCCCUGCGGAGGAUGAGGAGCAGGAGGAGGAUGAGAGAGAGGGGGAACAGCAGAGUGAUAGAGAGGAGAAGAAAGCAGAGGGAGAUCAGUACAGUGAUAACAGCUCUCAGGUCUCAGAGGUGCUGAGCAGUCCUUUGCAGCAGGGGAAUGGGGUUGUGUACCCCAAACACCCCCACAACCAGCUCCACCUGCCAUCCCAAAACACCACUCUCCUGCACCACAAGGGCCAGAUGGUGUAGCCCCUCCCUCAUCUAUGAACUGUGCAUCUGCAGUGAUGCCGUGCAGCCAUGAUACUGAGGGCCUGAUCCAGCCCAACACACCCUGCGUGCUGUGUGGUCUACCUUUGGUUUGAGAGCUGUGACUUAACCACUCACCAAGGUUGACAAGACUUAUGUGUCACCAUGUUGUUCUGAUCUCCCUUCAAGUCUUUAUUAUUGUGGAGAAGGUUUACAUAUGCAAGCAAAAGCUAGUGAAUGACUUGGGGUGGUUUAUUGAAAACAGUAUUUGUUUACAGAUGACCUGUGAAACUGUGUGCUUAUCAUUUAAUGUUAGAAUAUCAUCUGAUUUAAGAAUGUGCAUCCAAACACCACGAGUGUGACCAUAGUCCUGAUUUUAACAGAAAAUAUUACAAACAAAAACAUUUUUAAAUCAUGUAUUAUACUAUUCUGUGAAAUGGAUGAUAAUUUGUUUAACUUUCCUGUGCCUUAUUUAAACCUUAAUCUUGAUUUACUGAUCAAUUAAAUCUGUUUGAUUAACAGUCAUGCAGUUUCAAUUGAGCAGUUUUCCUGGUAGUUCUUGGGAAUUUAGACUUAGGAUAUUUUUUUUAAAGUAUUUAAAAAAAUAGGUUUCUGGGAAUACACUUUUGUAUACCUAGCAAUAGCAAUUGAACAAAAACAACAACUGAAAUUGCCAAAACAGUAAGAACCAUGUUGCUUCUUGCUCUAGUGUACACCAGUGUCCUGCAGAGCAGUGUGCUCUCUGCUGGCUGUGCUUGGAACAUAACAGGUGAAAAGAGAUGCACUGUUGUGAGUGUUUUUGUGCAUGUGUGUGUUUGUCUUUGCCUGUCUGUGUGUGUGUGUGUGUGUGUGUGUGCUGCAGAGAUAUCAGUGUUUCCAUGGUGAUGGUAUAAUGUUAUGUUUGUGUUAUUUCCUUGGUUUUUGUAUGGCUGUGCUGAAAAAAAAAACAUGAUACACAUCAAGAGUUUAUUAAGAGUUGUGGCUUUUGAGUGAUUGAGAUACACUUGUGUUUGAAGUAUUGUAUAAUUACUCAAAUCAUUAUUUAUACAAAUAGUGAUGCAGAGACUUGAAAGUGUAUCACCUUUGGUGAAUACUAAACAGCGCAGUGUAAAUAUUACAGGGACAGGUCUGUGUUAAACAGUAGAGUGUAAAUAUUACAGGGACAGGUCUGGGUUAAACAGUAGAGUGUAAAUAUUACAGGGACAGGUCUGGGUUAAACAGUACAGUGUAAAUAUUACAGGGGCAGGUCUGGGUUAAACAGUAGAGUGUAAAUAUUACAGGGACAGGUCUGGGUUAAACAGUACAGUGUAAAUAUUACAGGGGCAGGUCUGGGUUAAACAGUAGAGUGUAAAUAUUACAGGGGCAGGUCUGGGUUAAACAGUACAGUGUAAAUAUUACAGGGGCAGGUCUGGGUUAAACAGUAGAGUGUAAAUAUUACAGGGGCAGGUCUGGGUUAAACAGUAGAGUGUAAAUAUUACAGGGGCAGGUCUGGGUUAAACAGUAGAGUGUAAAUAUUACAGGGACAGGUCUGGGUUAAACAGUAGACUGGAAAUAUUACAGGGACAGGUCUGGGUUAAACAGUAGAGUGUAAAUAUUACAGGGGCAGGUCUGGGUUAAACAGUAGAGUGUAAAUAUUACAGGGACAGGUCUGGGUUAAACAGUAGACUGGAAAUAUUACAGGGACAGGUCUGGGUUAAACAGUAGAGUGUAAAUAUUACAGGGGCAGGUCUGGGUUAAACAGUAGAGUGUAAAUAUUACAGGGACAGGUCUGGGUAAAGCCAGACUCCUGGGGUAUUAUGGUGUUGAGUUUACUGGUAAAACCAGCUGUGCUUAACAAAGUGGGGACUUCUGUUCCAGCCAAUUCUGUGCUGUAAUGGCAACUGACAUGUAGACCAGGACGUGCCAGCCUGGGCCAGGGUUUAGGCUCAAACCCAUGUUUCAGACAUGGAACUUGUUGAGAAACAAGCCCAGCCUCAAGACGCAAUAAACCAGAGGGACAGCAUUGCCCUGUGUCUCUGGGUGCAGGCAACAUAUGGAAGGACACACAGAGGAAAGCAGACAUCCUGUAUUACUCAUAUAUGAACUGAGGGUCUUCUGUACAUGACUCCUUUUUUAGUCACCUUUAAAAAAAACUGUCCACUCCUGCCUCUUAUACAGUGAUCAUCAGUUUGUGUAAAUGCACUUGAGCCAGACCCUGUGUGUGUGAGAGAAUGAGAACGAGAGGGAGAGAGUUUUAAUUUCAACAAUGUAUCCUUAUGUAUAUCGAUAAUACAAAUAAAUAUAUAACGUUUUUCACAUG